AUAUAGGGUCCAAUUUUACUUCCAUAAAACCAAACUUUGUGUUCAAGACCCAUGGGAAUUGAAAGACCAUGCUAACCCACAUGCAAAUGGACCUACAAAGAAUCCUUCAGAAAGAGGUUCACCAAUCAGAAAGCAAACCCUAAGAUCACUCUAAUCACUCAACGAAUCAGCAACUGAUAAGACCAUGCCGUAGGCCCAUAAACCCUAAUCCCUAAAUUUCCCUUCUUUUUGGACCCCACCAAAGCUACAGAUGACCACUCGAGUCGCGUAAUCACAAGUCGUGAGUUUUGGGGACCAGCACUACAAUAAUUGUAGCCAACAGUGUUCUUGUAUAUACAUGCAAUGCUUCCCUACCAACAGCUGUUGUGCUACACUUCUGACUCUUUUGGUAUAUGAUUAACACAAGAUCUAUAACAUUGUUUCUUCUUCUUUUCUCCUUUUCGUUUUCCUCUCUUCUCUUUGGUCGUUUGGAAGAUCAAACCCUCGAACAUGAUAGCCGGAAAGAAAACAGCCAACGCUGUUGGUGGCAAGACAGCAAGGGCUUGCGACAGCUGCGUACGAAAGCGGGCGAGAUGGUAUUGUGCUGCUGAUGACGCUUUCCUUUGCCAAAGCUGUGAUGCCUCAGUACACUCGGCUAAUCAGUUGGCUGGUCGGCAUGAGAGGGUCCUUCUCGAGACUGCUUCCUCUAAGCUCUUUGGGUCAGGCAUUGCUUCGCCUGAACCAACCUGGCACCAAGGUCUCACCCGUCGUGCACGCACCCCACGACUCCGGACUAAAUCCUCUCUCAAACUAGAUAGAAAGAGCGAUGUAGUGAACUCUUCUGCUCCCUUAGUUCCGGAAAUAGGCGUUUUAGACCCAUCAUCACUUGAUGAAGAAGAAGAGGAAGAAGAACUAUUGUAUCGUGUGCCUGUCUUUGAUCCUUUUGAAACUGAAUUAUUUAAUACUUCUGAUGCAAUAGGCAGGAGCUUGACUUUUGUAGUGGAAAACAAACAAGAAGAGACAUGUGAUUUGGAUGACCUUCAAGGGUUUGAUCUGCCAACUGAUGAUAUGGAGCUACUGGAAUUUGCUGCCGAUGUUGAAAGCUUAUUAGGGAAGGGUUAUGAUGAUACAUCGUGUAGGAUUGAAGAAUUGGGGUUAACUAAUUAUGAUUUUAAGGAUGAAGAUAAUACUAACAUUAUUAUAGGAACUUGCUUCGACGAAAAUAGGGUGAAAGUUGAAGAUGAUGAAAGAGAAGCAAUUUUAGGUUUUGAUUUGGAUACAACUAGGGAAACACUAGAUUGGGACUUCGGUCAUGAAUCCACGAUGAUGAUAAAAGAGGAGGAGAAGAAAGUGGUGGUAGGCGUAAAAGAACAUAUGAUGAUGGUGUCAAAUGAUGAAUGUAAAGAAGCAAUGGUGAGAAAAUCAAGCAUAACUUUGAGGCUUAAUUACGAUGAAGUGAUCAGUGCAUGGGCUGAUCAAGGAUCUCCAUGGACAAACGGAACCCGACCAGAACUCAAUCUUGAUGGUUGCUGGCCUGAUUUCAUGGGUUUGCAAUGGAUGGGGAAUAAUACUCCUUUAUGUGGAGGCUUAGGAGGAAGCGAUGGAGGAAGAGAGGCAAGAGUGUCAAGGUAUAAAGAGAAAAGAAGGACAAGAUUAUUUUCGAAGAAGAUAAGAUACGAAGUGAGGAAACUAAAUGCUGAGAAAAGGCCAAGAAUGAAAGGGAGGUUUGUGAAAAGGGAAGGAAACCUUUGAAGAACCUCCUGCAACUUCUACUUUCCCAACUUACCUAAGCAAGAACUAGUACCAAAUCGAUGAACAAAUAAGCUUUGUUCAAUAGUUUGUUCCUUAAAACUCCCAUCCUCCCAUAUUUGCUUGUUUUCAUGGCAAGAUUGGGGAUGGUUAACCAACCCUUUUACUUUUCUAGUCUUUUCGGGUAAAUAUUGUCAUUUCUUUCUACUUUGAUAUGAUCUACGUACGAUGUAUAGUAUAUGAUAAUAAUGAAGCACGUUGCAACUUGUGUUGAACUGCAAAUGAAUGCUUGCAUAACUCAUUAUAAAUUAAGGUCUCGUUUGUAUUUUGUUAGCAUCUCUCCCCAUGUGGUGUUUCUGUUUAUAAAUGUAUUCAUCUAUGAAUACACCACCUCCCUCCACCACCAACCACCAUCACCACCGCCACCAACCACUACUGCCACCACCACCACCACCUCCACAACCAACCACCACCAUUAAUAACCGCCACCUCCGCCACAACCCACC